CCAGCAGCCCAAACACAGGCGGGCAGAGCUGCAGGCAGACUCUUUCCUUCCCCCCUGCCCUCCCCCUACUGCCAUGAGGGAGCUGUUCACCUCCCACAACCAGGCCUGCUGGAAGGAGCGCAUCCAGAAGGAGACUGCCACCAGGGUGGCCUGGAACAUCAGCUAUGGUCACAAGUACCUGAAGGAGAGGCCCUUGCCCAGGAAGCAGCCCCAGCAGGGCCCCCCCAGGUCAGCCUCGGGACCAGGCCCCGUGCCUUCCACCAGCUCCCCGGACAGCAAGGAGGUGCGGGGUGCAUGGCCAGAGACAAAGGGACUCCAGAGUCAGCUGUCCAGGGGAGUGGGUGUCCAGGGCCCCCCACCCAAGGGAGACAGAGUCUGGGAUGCCCAAGGGGCAGCCCAGGGCGCAGCGGGCCAGACCAGGCCAGAGGGCUUGGAAAUGAGGGUCGUCCCCCCAGGCAUCCUGCAGCUGCUCUUCCAGGGCAUCUCCCACGAGGGCCAAGGCCGGGCCCGGUACCUCAGGGAGCGGAAACGGCAGCAGCCUCGGGAGAAGUACCGGUACCCGAUCCUGUCAUCCUGGGAGUACGGCUGGCACGUGGGGGAUGCCGUGAAGGACGCCAAGGCUCCCACCUAUGGGAGGGCCAAGCCCAUCACAGAGACUUUUUAUAUCAAAAGUGGCAUCUUCCCUUGCCCUCGGCGAACAGACCAGCUCAUGUGAACCCAGGGUGGAGGCACCACCCACCUCACUCUGUUCUUUUGAGCCCUGCCUGUGGCUUUGCCUCUCCUGCUGAGGGCAGCCCUCCAAAGCCCACCACUGAGGAUGGGCAGGGGCGGGACUCUGACACGGACACCCUGGGAUUGAUGGGUGGGUGGACCCUCUGAGCCAGUUAUUGUCUGCUCUCAAGGACCUCAGCUCCUUGCAGAGCUCCCCUCAUCCCCGUCACCCCCAGCACGGUGUGGGGCGCCGUGCCGCUUUCCUGAGGAAAUCUGGGGAGUCACCAAGUGCUCCAUCUGCAGACCUGGGUUGGGGGAGGGGCUCUCAAAGUCCUUAAGGUGCUGAGUCGGGAGUGGGGUGUAGAAUAUCUCCCUGCUCUUUACCUCUACAUUCUUUUGAAGGGAUCCAUAGCAGAGUUGCUUGGUCCCAAUAUAUCCACAGUUGAGGGAAGAAGUAGUUUGCAGCUUCUCUCAGCCCCCAUAACUUGUAUUAGUCAGCGUUGCUUUAUGGCUGUAACAAACAGUCCCUGAAUCUCAGUUGUUUAAACCAAUAAAAAUGUAUUUCUUUCAUCACAGUCCUAUCUGAUGUUCCAUGGGAGACCUUCCACAUGCUGAUCCAGGGGCCCAGGCUCCUCCCAUCCAGUGACUCUGCCAUCCCCUGGGGUCUCACAGUCCUUCCCCAAGCCAGGGAAGAGAAGCAAAGAAUGGAGACAACACACCCACUCGUAACCACCUUGGCCUGGAGGUGACACACAUCACUUCCACUCUCACUGUUCCCAUGAGAACAAGUCACAGGACCCCAUCUAGAUGCAAGAAGGCUGGGGAAUGUCGUGUGACCUUGUGGCCAGAAGGAAGAGGGAGGUUGAUGAAAUUUAGCCAGUCUCUGCUACCAUGCCUGCUGUGUCCUGUGGCUGCUCUGGGAGUAGUUUUGAUGCUUAGCCAACACCCUGAACUCAGAAGUCCCCUACCUUCUGAUAGCUGACCCUUGGUUCCUGGGGCCAUCUUGAGGGAACUCCCUCCUUUCCUGGGGAAGAGUUCUUUCCCAGAAUCCCACAAUGUCAAGUGGUUGUACAUGGAAGCCUAUCCAGUGUGGGUGCACAUAGCACCCCAUCACUCAGAAGACCUUGGGCACGUGCAGAGCCCAGAGUCACCCCUGCAUGCAGCAGCUCUUUGUGAAGCCAAAAUGCUGGUGGGUUCGUCUUGUUUAACCAAGGGCCUGUGGUUCUCCUCCAGUCCUCAGCCAGUCAAAAGAACAGUUCCUAGAGAAAAAACUGGGUAAACAGUGCU